AGCGGGUUAGGCCACGUAGGCACAAAACCCCUCCCCCCAUCUCAUCCUGAUAUCCCCGAGCUCCGAACCAACCAUCCAUCACAGUUCACAGCAGGUUCCCGUUCCUCCAGAGAAAACCAAGAUCAGAGCAGGCCGGGGCGGAGUUACUCGUCGAGUUCCACGACUCGAUCCAAGAUGGCAUUCGCCGCCUCCACAGCCUGCUGCAAGCCUUCUCCGCUGCUGGCUCCUCGGGCGUCGUCCCUCCGCGCGCAGGCGGUCCUCUGCAGGCCCUCCUCCACCGCGACCACGCCCCGCGGCCUCAGGGCAGCGGCGCCCGCAUCCGCAUUCGCGCAAACGCCUGCGCCCCGCCGCCGCGCCGCGUCCACGGGCAUCGUCUGUGGCAAGGUGACCAAGGGCAGCGUCCCGCCCAAUUUCACCCUGAAAGACCAGGACGGCAAGACGGUGUCGCUCUCCAAGUACAAGGGCAAGCCCGUCGUCCUCUACUUCUACCCCGCUGAUGAAACGCCCGGCUGCACCAAGCAGAUUAUUCGCCGGCGCGAGAAGACAUUUACGGCCUUUGGAUCCUUCGGGGCCAGUUCACCGCUAGCAUCUCCUCUCCCUUCCAAACGCCAUGGCUCGACCGCUGUCCAGGCCCUCCUCUCUUCUCCUGACCACACUCCCCAACAACACCGGCUUCCAAUUCCAUCUCAAGGAGGCAUCCAAGCAGCGGCGGCGGCGUCAAAGAGGCAGCCGACACAAGAACCCGGCACCGGGGAGGAGAUCACUGUCAACGCCGGAGGGCGGACUUGCGAGCUGCCGACAUGGGCCCUGAUCGGCGGUAUCACGGCAGGAGUUGCCCUAGCGCUGGCACUGUCGGUGGACGCAGGCCCGGCAAUGGCGCUGGGGCCGGAGGGCCCCCUGGUGGAGGAGUUCUGGGACAACAUGCGCCGGUACGGGCUGUACGCGCUGACGGUGAGCACGGGGUUCGCGUGGGCGCUGGUGCAGCCCAUCGUGGAGCUGCUCAGGAACCCCAUCACGGCCGUGCUCAUCAUCUUCGUCAUUGCCGGCGGCGGCGUCCUCGUGUCUCAGGUCAUCAACGCCAUGGCCGGCAACUCCGACUUCAUCUACAUGUACGAGCAGUAGCCAUAUAAGCUAAGCUAGCGCGCGUGGUAGGGGAACGUAGUAUGGCACGUGGCAGUGAUGGAUGCACGAAUGAUUUUGGACGAAAUAUGAUGAGAAACAUUUAAUAAAGUUGGCAUUGUACUUGCUCUGGAAUCUGAA